GGCUGCCGGGAUACCAACCUUUCCCUCCGUUCGCUCCCCCUCCCCGCACACACCUCUCUCCCUUACUCCCUCCGCCCCCCACCGCCGCCCGGGCAACAAAGCGCAUUGUUUGUCCCUGUCUGCGCCUGCGCCUCACCACGCGCAACAUUUCCCCCCUUCCCCUCCACCUGGCCGCGCCUGCGCAGUUAUUGCUAAACCGGAGAAGGGUGGGUGUCCUUAAUGGGAACCCCACAAAGUACUGCGGGGCGGGGGGAAGAUAAGAGUUGCUGCUAGUAGCCGUUUGGAAGCUUUGCUGUUCUCUCUGAGCCCAUUCAUGCCCCGCCCACCACUCCUCCAGAAUUUGGCAAUUGUAGCACAUGCUUGGGGCACGUAUACAGGUGCUACACCCAUUCAGUAGUACCUGUGGUUCCCCAAGCUGCUGCAGUAUGUUUCUGUCCCUCACCUGGGACAAGGCUUGCUGGACACAGUGAACCGCAGCAACCAGCCUGGGCAUUUUCGGGAGGACCUUAAAGCAUUCUGCUGGCUUCUAGUUUUCAGCUGACUUUGCACAUCACUAAGACUACUCACCAGUACCUCUGAGCUCCUUCUGUGAAAGAUGCAAACACGUUAUUUUCGGAAGAAGGUUACAAAAACAACUAACAUACAACCAUGAAAGAUCCAAGUCGCAGCAGUACUAGCCCAAGCAUCAUCAAUGAAGAUGUGAUUAUUAAUGGUCAUUCUCAUGAAGAUGAUAAUCCAUUUGCUGAGUACAUGUGGAUGGAAAAUGAAGAGGAAUUCAACAGACAGAUUGAAGAGGAGUUGUGGGAAGAAGAGUUUAUUGAACGCUGUUUCCAGGAAAUGCUGGAAGAAGAAGAAGAACAUGAGUGGUUCAUUCCAGCUCGAGACCUCCCACAAACUAUGGACCAAAUCCAGGACCAGUUUAAUGACCUUGUCAUCAGUGACAGUUCUUCUCUGGAGGAUCUUGUGCCACUCUGGAAUUCACUCCCAGUCUCUGAAACAUCAUUUGCAGCUGUUGCUUGGUCACUGAGCUUGAGUACUAUUCCGAAGGGCUACUAGAGAACACUGAAAUUUACAGUGUCAAGAGUAAUCUGAAUCCAAAUGCAAAGGAGUUUGUUCCUGGGGUGAAGUACUAAAUAUUUGAGUAGACGGGGCCCUCUUUUGGUGGAUGUAGCACAAUUUCCACACUGUGAAGGCAGUAUUAGAAGACUUAAUUGUAAAAGCUCUCCCUUCUUGUCACUGUGUUACACUUAUGCAUUGCCAAAGUUUUGUUAGUCUUGCAUGCUUAAUAAAAGUGCUGAGACUGUUAUUAAGUAAAAAGCUGUCAAACGUUUACUGAAAAUAAUUGGACCUUGGCUUGAUGUGAAGGACAGUGAGGAAAGAAGCACCAGUCAAGUUGUGACAAAUCAGACAACCUCUGAAAGAGAUUUAGAAAUUUGACUAAAUGAUUUGUUUUAAUUGAGAUUAAACUGGUUACUUGGUGUUAACCAACACCUGUUAAUGCCUUAACUUAAAAAAAAAGUCAAUUUUGAAAGUAAAGUUCUAAUUGUUAUACAAAUUACUUCGUUCAGACUUCAGUAUUGUUACUUAUUGUAUUUGUCCCCAUGGAGAGAAAAUUGUACUUCAAGAACAGACUUGGUAACAAAAGAGCUCCACGCAAGCCAGCCGGUCUCGAAUGGCUCCUGAAGUUACAAAGUAACAAAAGAUGAAAACUACCCCGAUUUAUGCGUUCUGUUAUCAUGUUAGAAGUGUUGAAAACCACUCCUAGGUAUACAUUCAAGGAGGAGUGUAAUUUGAAAAUUACGUUAUCUUCCAAGUUCCCCAGUACUUCACAGCUGUGUCUAUGUAAAUUCUAGCAUAUAACACUUAGUCAAAUUGAACCAAGGAAGUCUUAGCAUUCUGAUUUGAGUGGUGCUUUUCCCUUGCUUUGUUAAUCAUCACUACACAUAGUCUACAGCACAACAACUUUUCUUUUAACAAAGCUAGAACAGUUUUGGCUUCUUAAACUUCAUAUUUGGGUAGGUUAAGCUGCCAUACGUGUUCAGUGUGAAUAGUGUUUAAGUUGAAAAUAUUGUAAAAAAAUUAUAUUUUUUCAAAAAUAUUUAAAAAAAUAAAUAAUAGUAGAACUGA